GAGGGCGUGGCCAACGCUGCUCGGCUUGACGGCUCCUGCGUGGGCGAAGCCGGAGGCAGCUCUUGGUUUUCAUUGGCCAGGGGCGUGAUCGAAGGGCGUGGCCAGGCAGCUCGGGUUUCCCCCGUUCCGUGCGCUCCCUCCACUGCAAAGUGACAGCGAAGCGAAGCGCUGUGGACGCGACGCGAUGUCUCCGUUGACAGCGGCGCUCUAGAGGAGCCGAGACCCCCCGAUCAGACCGCACAGCCUGCGCUCGGUGUUCGAGGAGCGGGUUCCCCAUGGUUUACGUGGCCGGAAUGCAGGCCGAGCCGCGGAGCGGCCGCUCGGGGUCCCUCGAUUCGUGGAGGACCCGCAGCAUCUGGGACGCGGUGAAGAUGGAGGUGGCCGGAGAGCCGAGUCCGGUGGUCCUGAGCAGCUUCACACAGCUGGACCCCGACCUGCCCCUGCCUGAAAGCUCCACGCAGGAGAUCGGCGAAGAGGUGGAGGACGGCGCCGUCUACACCAUCACCCUGCGCAAAGUGCAGCUGCACCAGACGGCCAGCAAGGGCCAGCGCUGGCUGGGCGUGGAGACGGACGCGGCGCUCAGCCUGUACGAGACGUGCAAGGUGCGCACCAUCAAGGCGGGGACGCUGGACCGGCUGGUGGAGUACAUGGUGUCGGCCUUCCGCGGCAACGACUCCACCUACGUCACCAUCUUCCUGUGCACGUACCGCUCGUUCGCGACGCCCAAGCAGGUGCUGGAGCUGCUGCUCGACAGGCAUGCCCGGCUACAGCAGAGCAGGCCUGACGGGCCCAAAGCGGCGCCGGAGAGACCGGCACAGGAGGACUGUACGGAGCGAAAGAACGCCGUCUCCUCCAUCCUGGGCGCCUGGUUGGACCAGUACUCUGAGGACUUCUGGAGUCCACCUGAGCACAGCUGCCUGCAGCGCCUGGUCUCCUUCUUGAAGCUGCACUUCCCCGGUUCGGACCUGGAGCGACGCGCCUGCAACCUGCUGGCGCAGUUCCGCCACAGGCAGUACCAGGAGCCCCAACAGGACGUGUCGGACCAGAGCGGCUGUACCUUCUCCAUGCUGGAGGAGAGCGGCUUCGAGGACGAGCGCCCCGACUUCCUGUCCUUCGACCCCGUGCUCGUGGCGGAGCAGUUCACGCUCAUGGACGCGGAGCUCUUCAAGAAGGUGGUGCCGUAUCACUGCCUGGGGAGCAUCUGGUCGCAGCGGGACAAGAAGGGCAAGGAGCACCUGGCGCCGAGCGUUCGCGCCACCGUGGCCCAGUUCAACCGCGUCACCAACUGUGUCAUCGCCACCUGCCUGGAGGAGCGCGCCCUCAAGCCGGCCCAGCGCGCCAAGAUCAUCGAGCGCUGGAUCGAGGUGGCCAGGGAGUGUCGCAUCCUGAAGAACUUCUCCUCCUUGCGGGCCAUCCUGUCGGCGCUGCAGUGCAACUCGCUCCACCGGCUGAAGCGCACCUGGGACGAGGUGUCCAGGGAGGACGUUCGCAUCUUCAACGAGCUCUCGGAGAUCUUCUCGGACGAGAACAACCACUCCCUCAGCCGGGAGCUGCUCAUCAAGGAGGGCACCUCCAAAUUCGCCACCCAGGAGAUCAACCCCAAAAGAGCCCAGAAGAGGCACCAGCAACAGAGGGACUUGGGAGUGAUGCAGGGGACCAUCCCUUACCUGGGCACCUUCCUCACAGACCUGGUCAUGAUGGACACGGCUAUGAAGGACCACGUGGAGGGUGGAUUGAUCAACUUCGACAAGAGAAGGAAGGAGUUUGAGGUGAUCGCCCAAAUCAAGCUGCUGCAGUUGGCGUGUAACAACUACAACUUCAGACGGGACAGCUGCUUCCAGGAAUGGUUCUCCGGGGUGGAGAAGCUCACCGAGGCGGAGAGCUACAGCCAGUCCUGCGAGGUGGAACCGCUGUCAGAAUCUGCAAGCAACACACUGAGGGCCAAGAAGAACACGGGAAUCAUCAAGAGGUGGAGCGAUCGUCAACCCACCACCACAGAGCCCAACUACUCCAGUGCCGGGAGCCCCCACUCCAAGUCCUUUGAGCAGUUACGCUACGGAGCGUACAUGGGGGGCCCAGCGGCCGGGGCAGGCGACGGGGUCGAUUCCCUCAGUGUGACCUCCGCCGGCUCCAGCAGCUCCGACGCGGAGGACGUCAGUGUCGGCUUCAUCUCCGACUCACCCGAUGCCCUCGAGAAAAAGUUCUGGGAGUCCACCUCUCUUUCGUCCCUGGACACCUCUGGCACGGGCUCCGGCUCGGGUUCCAGCAGCGCCUCGUCCUCCUCCGUGUCGUCCACGCCGGUGACGGCGUCUCGCUCCCACAAGCGCUCCGUGUCGGGGGUCUCCAGCUACUCGUCCCUCUCGCUGCCGCUCUACAACCAGCAGGCGGACGACUGCUGCAUCAUCCGCGUGAGCCUGGACCUGGACAACGGCAACAUGUACAAGAGCAUCCUGGUGACGAGCCAGGACAAGACUCCGGCGGUGAUCAGGAAGGCCAUGGUCAAACACAACCUGGACCGUGAGGCUCCGGAGGCCUACGAGCUCCUGCAGAAGAUCUCCGAGGAGAAAGAGUUAAAGAUCCCGGACAACGCCAACGUGUUCUACGCCAUGAACUCGUCGGCCAACUACGACUUUGUGCUGAAGAAGCGCGGACCCGCCAAGGCCAAGGCCCCUAAGAGCGGCGCCAGCUCCACGCUGCCGCGCAUGAAGCAGAAGGGACUCAAGAUCGCCAAGGUCAUCUUCUGAAGCGCCCCGAAACCCCCCCCCCCCCCCCCGCACCCGGUCGUUCCCUUCCGGCCGAUCCCGCGCCAACGGCGUUGCUGUGCCGGUGACGCACCGGUGCAUGCUGGGAAAGGAGCGCCAUGUAGAUGCUGACGGGACUGGUGGACGCCGUCCUGCCCCAGAGGAGGCGUCGGUGAGCGUCCUUACUGGAAGAGGGGCCGACAGCAGGGGCGUCGCUGGAAAUUACCUUCGCGCCGUAGCAGGAUGCACAUGUGUGAACUUUCCGGAAGGAAACGCAGCACCGUGACGGAGAGAAAGAGCCCCGUGUCCUGACAUGACCCCAUCACCCCUAUGAGGUCUGCCGUUUCCUCGCGGUGCCCCACCACCGUGGGCCGAUUUCGCUUCCCGUGGCCUUCUGAGCGCGAACGUCGAGGGAAGCGGAACGACGGAAACGUCUCGCUCACCUUUUUCUGGAAAAAAUGCUAGAAACUAGAACGUAUUGACUUGAACAUCCCAUCACGAGCAGAAAAAGCUUGAGGCCAGCAGGCUCUUCCAGACCCAUGGGGCCCUUCCUGGAUCUCUCCCAGAAGUCAUAGCCAACUUCCUGUCCCGUUCGCCUGUUGUUGACCGUUUGCCCAAUGCGGGGUCGCCGUAGUCCGGAGUCUAUCCUGGAAACGUAGGGUGUGAGACAGGGUACACCUUGAGUGGGACGCUAGUCCAUCAUAAGGCAAUCACACACA